AUGGAAUAUAUGACGGGAGGUUCACUCAAAGAACACAUAGCUUUAGUAGGGAGCUUGUCGGACGGUGUAGCGAGAAGACAUACUGCGCAGGUGUUGGAAGGUCUAGCGUUUCUCCACAAGAAUCACAUAAUUCACCGUGACAUAAAGUCUGCGAAUAUUCUUCGAGAUUCAAUGGGCAAUGUAAAGAUAGCCGACUUCGGAUCAGGGAAGAAAAUGCAAAGCUUGGCAAGUCAGCAAGGGGCUUUCCACAGUACUAUUCACUACACUGCUCCGGAGGUUCUAUUGGGAAAAACGGCCUAUGGUAGAAAAGCCGAUGUAUGGAGCGUUGGUGUGACACUUGUAGAGAUGCUCACUGGGCAAGUCCCCUGGAAAGAGUUCGAACCUAUGGCAGCUAUGUUUCAGAUUGCUUAUGAAGAGCCGCGAAUUGAGUUACCGCAAACAGUUCUACCAGUGAUGGCUGAUCUAUGUAAAGUACUAAUGAACAAAAACUUCGAAGAAAGACCGAUGGCUGCCGAAGUUUUGCUCAAUCAUCCUGCUUUCAAAUCGCAACCAUGA